AGUCUUGUAAAAACCCAUCGUUCCAAAUCCGAGAAGAAACUAGAAGCAGAGGAGCUUAAACCAGAAGAAGAAAUUCAAGGCGAUCUACAACUAGCAAGAUCAAGGGCAAGCAAGAGCAAGGGAGCUGUAAAAAGUAAACGCUAAAAAUGGGAAGUGGAAGUGAGUUGGAGUUACCGCCAGGGUUCAGAUUUCACCCAACGGACGAGGAGUUGGUGAAUUAUUACUUGUGCCGGAAAUGUGCUGGGCAGCCUCUCGCUGUUCCCAUCAUCAAAGAGAUUGAUCUUUACAAGUUUGAUCCUUGGCAGCUACCUGAUAUGGCUCUUUAUGGAGAAAAAGAGUGGUAUUUCUUUUCGCCAAGGGAUAGAAAAUAUCCGAACGGUUCAAGGCCGAACCGGGCAGCAGGAACCGGGUACUGGAAGGCGACCGGGGCAGACAAGCACAUUGGAAAGCCCAAGGCACUUGGGAUUAAAAAGGCACUCGUGUUCUACGCUGGCAAAGCUCCUAAAGGAGUUAAAACCAAUUGGAUCAUGCACGAGUAUCGCCUUGCAAAUGUCGAUAGGUCGGCUUCCAAGAAAAACAACAACAACUUGAGGCUUGAUGAUUGGGUGCUGUGCCGAAUAUACAACAAGAAAGGUAGCAUAGAGAAAUAUAACGUUGCCAUGGAGCGCAGUAAAAUGACCAAAUACCCAGAAAUAUUGCAUGAGCAAAAACCAGAAAUGACCCAAAUGCCACCACCCCAUACGGAUAUGUCGUCGAUGGAUUCAGCACCGAGGGUGCAGCAGACGACGGACUACUCUAGCUGCUCGGAGCACGUGCUGUCGCCAGAGGUCACGUGGGAGAAGGAGGUCCAAAGUGAGCUACAAUGGAGCGGUGAUGAAUUAGAGAAUUCCUUUAAUACCCUUGAUAAUCAGUUCAUCAAUUACAUGGAUGGCUUCUCAGAUAUUCUUGACUCUUUUGGCGCUGCUCAGCCUCAGUACCAAAUGGACCAGCAGAACAUGUUUGCCUACUUACAAACCCAAUUUUAAACCAAACUUGUUGGGUUAUGAAAGUGGCAGGACCAGAAAAAUUUGAGAAAAAAAAAAAAAAGAAUGGGCCGGACUUGUGCGGUGCUAUUGGAGAGGGCCCUUGACGUAGGUCCGUUAUUAUUUUAUUUAGUACCUAAUAUUCUUUUAAAGUUGGUUUAGAGACCAAAUGAAUUUAUGAUGUCAUAAAAGGACCUGUGGUUAAGGCUCUUGCUCAGUGAGAAAAGCAUCAAGCUGAUGGGCUCGGGUUAGAUUCUCCAUAAUAUGUUAAUACGUAAUGAUUACGGUAGAAAAUUGUUACAAUUUCCAGGAAUUAUGUAGCAGAAAUUUUUUUAAUUUUUCUUUUUAAGUAUGCAUGACGUGUAAUUAUAGUGCAUUUGAUUGAUGUUAAGAGAAACAAAUGUGUUUGAAGUUUUGUAGUGGGAAUUGAGCCCAUCUGAUCUUGAAAUAGGUUGUUUUGGGUUGGUGAAGCCCUUUCACUUGUAUAAAUAGAAUUCUUUAUCACUUGAGGGUAAAUUUUCACCC